AUGACAACGCACGUUUUCAACAAAGUAUCUGUGACGCCGUCUCAGGUUGUCAACUGUUCGUAUUCCAACUGGCUGCGGUUGUUCCCGAAGUUUGUGACCAAAUCUAAGGUCUUCUCUCCGCUACCAAAGGCUUUCUUGGAAUAUUUGGAAUCUGACAGUAUAAUCUUGCACGAUGAUGGAGACUUGAAAGUGGUUAUUAACAGUGAUAAUGACUACAGUGAGUGGGAAAGUGAAGAUUCAGAAGAUGAAGUUGAGAAGGAUAACCAGAAAGGUGAAUACAACAAAGGUUUGCUGAAGGAUCAGCCUACAGUGAAUAAAAGUAAAGUGCAGCAUAAAAAUCCAAUAGCAGGAUUUGAAAAAUUACACAACGACAUAAAUUUGGCAAUUAAAGAGCUAGGCGGUAGCAUAACACCAAAAUUGAAUUGGUCAUCUCCGAAGGAUGCCAAGUGGAUAUUGCCCAAUAGCACCACUAGGUGCUUUAAUGCAAAUGAUGUGUACUUAUUGUUGAACUCUUCAGACCACAUCGUUCAUGAUUUGGACCAUGCAUUUGAUGAUUGUUACAAUGAUGGACUGCAUGUAGACCAACCAUCGAAAGAAAGAAAAAUUAACAUGGAGCUAGUUUUAAGAGAAUGGGUAGAUAUCAACCCUGCCUUGGAAUUUAGGGUAUUUGUUAAAAGGAACCAGAUUAUCGGGAUAUCUCAACGAGAUUUAAACUACUAUGAUUACUUGGACUCUUUGAAGACGGAACUAGGUAGCAAGAUUACUAGUUUCUGUAAAGAUCACGUGAUUGGGAUUUUUCCGGAUGCCGAUUUUAUUAUCGACUUGUACGUACCAAGACCGUUUACUAAAGUGUGGAUAGUGGAUAUAAAUACGUUUUCCAGGUCUACAGACCUGUUGCUAUUCACGUGGCACGAGUUGACGGAAGUGCAAGAAAAGAUUGAAGCAAUAGCUACGGAAGAGGAGGUGGACUUUAGAUUGGUCACUGAGCAUAAUGUGGGUAGAUUCGCAGCCAAGGAACACAGCGAGAACUAUGUGCCGAGAGAUAUAGUUGAUGCUAGCUUGGAUUCGCUGGCUAUGGCAAACUUAGCGAGAGAAUGGAAUAAGUUGAGCUACAGUGACGACAGCGGUAGUGACGAUGAAGUGAACUAG